AUGGCGGCGCUGCGGGCGGUGCUGGCGGCCGCGCUGGCGGCCGCGCUGGCCCCGCGCCCGGCCGCGCUGCCGCCGCCGCCCCGCAGCGCCUCGGUGCUGCUGGAGCCGGGCUCGGGGCGGCUGCGCGUGGUGCCGGGCCGGCAGCCCGCCGCCGUCGCCUGGGCCAACCUCACCGACCACGUCCAGGCCGUGGGGUGGGCUUUCCUGGAGGUGGCCACCAACGGCACGUACAACGACAGCCUGCAGGCCUACGCCGCCGGGCUGGCCGAGGCCGCCGUGUCCGAGCAGCUCAUCUACAUGCACUGGAUGAACACCAUGGUGGGCUACUGCGGCCCCUUCAAGUACGAGACCGACUACUGCGAGAAGCUCAAGAGCUACCUCGAGGCCAACCUGGCCUGGAUGGAGGAGCAGAUGGAGAAGGGGCAGGAGCCCGAGUACUGGCACCAGGUGCGCCUGGCCCUGCUGCAGCUGAAGGGCCUGGAGGACAGCUACAACGGGCGCGUGGCUUUCCCCGGCGGCAGGUUCUCCGUCGCGCCCUUCGGCUUCCUGUUGCUGCAGUUGGGGGGUGACCUGGAGGACCUGGAGUCGGCCUUCAACAGGUCGGCCGCGCCGCCCGUCCUGGGCUCGGGCUCGUGCUCUGCCCUCCUCAAGCUGCUCCCGGGCAAUCGGGAUCUCCUGGUUGCCCACGAUACCUGGACCUCCUACCAGUCCAUGCUGCGCGUCAUCAAGAAGUACACGCUGCCCUUCCGCGCCUCGGCCCGCGGUAACGCUCAGAUCGCAGGAAGCGUCCAGGUAUUUUCCUCCUACCCCGGCACCAUCUUCUCCGGAGAUGACUUCUACAUCCUGAGCAGCGGCUUGGUGACGCUGGAGACCACCAUUGGGAACAGCAACCCCGCGCUGUGGAAAUAUAUCCACCCGCAGGGCAGCGUCCUGGAGUGGCUAAGGAACAUCGUGGCCAACCGGCUCGCCCGGAGCGGCCCGGAGUGGGCUGCCAUCUUCCGGCAGUUCAACAGCGGCACGUACAACAAUCAGUGGAUGGUGGUGGACUACAACGCCUUCUCGCCCGGGAAAGCUGGCCUCCGGCAAGGUGUGCUGACGGUGCUGGAGCAGAUCCCGGGCCUGGUGGUCGUGGCUGAUAAGACAGAGCUGCUUUACCAGCAGGGAUAUUGGGCCAGUUACAACGUGCCGUACUUCGAGGAGAUCUUUAAUGCCAGUGGGAACCUGGAGCUGGUGAAGAAAUAUGGUGACUGGUUCACCUACGACAAGAACCCCCGUGCCCGGAUCUUUCGGCGCAACCAGACGCUGGUGCAUGACAUGGACUCCAUGGUCCGUCUGAUGAGGUUCAACAACUACCUGCGAGACCCGCUGUCGCGGUGCCAGGGCUGUGACCCCCCGCAGAACGCUGAAAACGCCAUCUCUGCCCGCUCGGACCUGAACCCGGCCAACGGGACCUAUCCCUUCCCGGCGCUGCGCCAGCGCUCCCACGGCGGCACAGACAUGAAGAUCACGUCCUUCAGCAUGGCCCCGACGUACCGGCUCGUGGCGGCCAGCGGGCCCACGUGGGACAACGUGCCCCCCUUCCAGUGGAGCACCUCCCCCUACAGCAACCUGCUGCACAUGGGCCACCCCGACCUCUGGAAGUUCCCCCCCGUCCAGGUCCACUGGGACUGAGCUGGGACCGCAGGGCCGGUUCCCGUCGUCUUCGCUGCCUUCAUCCUCGGGCAGGGGAUGAGCGCCCGCCCGUGCGCCGCGCGGCACCCCUGCGGCAGGAGGCCCGGCGCCGGGAGCAGCUCCCCGGUGUCAGCUGAUGCUUGCGGCGAUACCAGUUUGCUGAUGGGCUUUGCCGUGCCGCCAGGGCUGGGCUUGGGUGGUGGAAACGGGGGUGCAGGGGAGGGACCCGCUCUGCCCCCUCGCCUGUCCCGCGGCCUCCUGUUUUUCUGGCUUUCUGUGGUUUUCUGCUGCUGCUUUUCCCCCUCCCUCCGGCACCUUCCCCUUGGCGCCGGGCUGGCGCAGGGGCCCCUUGCAGCGCGAGGAGCCGUGCCGGCGUCUGUGCCGAGGUGGCUCGGCCCCAGAGCGGGUACGGGACGGAGCCGGGGCACCCUUGGGUCUGCUCCCACCUCGAGUCGCCCUGCGGCGUGGGGGCUUCGGCCCCAUCCUGCGAGAUGAGCGCUGCCUCCCGCCCAGGCCCUUCCCCGGCCGGGGGGCUCUUCCCUGCACAGACCCCCGCGGCUCAUCCUUUGGCUCUCGAUGCUGGCCAGCUCCUGCGCAGGCUGGGCACCCCGACCCCCCCAAAAUGGGGGUCCCUGGGAGGUUGGGGUUUGCUCCUCGGUGUCCCUGUGGCCACUGGGACAGCGAUGUCCCAUCAAGUUGGAGAGCAGUUGAGAGAACUGGUUUGGUUUUGGCAAAUAAAAUGAUCUUUGAGCUGCGAAGUGA